UUCGCACACGUGAUUUAUUUAAUUCAGUUGUAUUAAUAGGGUUACAUACAAACCAAUACCAUAAUUUUUCCAGAUAAAAAAAUAAAAUAAAAAUUAGUGACAAUAUGUAGUAUUGUCAUUUUAAAACCAGGACCAUACAAUUUCUAGCAUGAGUGCAUAACAAUUUAAUUUCUCUAACAUGUGUAAGGCUUGCUUGGUAGUGAUAGUAUCAAAUGAUUAAUUAUAUUUCUAUAUUUCACACAAUUUUGGAAGUAAAAAUGCGCUUAAAAACAUUUAUUUUUUUCAACUAUUAAUGGAAUUUCUAAUACAAUUUUGGCAUCUUUUUUUCACGACACUUGGAUUUUAAAUUAUGAUCUAAAUACAAAAAAUUUUUUUGAGAAAAGAUCCAAACAGAGUCUAUAAAUGUGAUAUAUAAAUAACCAAAAAAUAAAAGAUAAAAAAAUAAAUAAAAAGUACAUUUAUCAUACAUACUAGUUCUAGUGUUUUGUGACAUAAUUGCCUAAUAGCGUCAGGGUAAUAAAAAUGGCGCAAAGGUUCCAAUAAUCGCGGUACGCUUCUUAUAUAUAAUUGUAAUUCAAUAAUAAUGAUUAAUAAUUAUAUUAAUAAAAAAGAUGAGAGGUUCUGAUUUAUUACAAAAAGAUCAUUAACUAAAUAAUUAUUAAUAAUUAAUUAAUCAUGAAUUACCAUUCUCAAUAUUUUCAGCAGAGACAAUCAAAUCUAAUCAUUCUUCGUUUUUUUCGUUCCAUUGUUUCAGAGAGAAAAUCACAUUCUGAAUUCGAAUUCAAAUUCGAAUUCAUACACAAAGUUUUGAUUUUUUUGGUGAUGUGUAGUGAUAAUACAGAAAUUGAUUAUCUGCAGAGAUAUGCAUUUACACUUUUGAUCAGAUUAUAUAUAUACACAAACAUUGUAGAUUUGUAUAGAUAAAGAUAUAUAUAGAGUGAUGGGGGUGGAUUAUUAUAAUAUAUUGAAGGUGAAUAGGAAUGCAACAGAAGAUGACCUGAAGAAAUCAUACAGGAGAUUGGCCAUGAAAUGGCAUCCAGACAAGAAUCCAAACAACAAGAAAGAAGCUGAGGCCAAAUUCAAACAAAUCUCCGAAGCUUAUGAAGUCUUGAGCGAUCCACAGAAAAGGGCAAUUUAUGAUCAGUAUGGUGAAGAAGGGUUGAAAGACAUGCCACCGCCUGGUUCUGGUGGCAGCAGUGGGUUCCCGGAUGGGUAUAAUCCUCGGAAUGCAGAGGACAUUUUUGCGGAAUUCUUUGGGAGUAGCCCUUUUGGAUUUGGAUCAGCAGGAGCUGGUAGGUCCAUGAGGUUUCAGUCAGAUGGAGGAGGAAUGUUUGGGGGAUUUGGUGGGAAUAAUAAUAUCUUUAGAUCAUAUAGUGAUGGAAGUGGUGCUAAUGUGCCCAAGAAACCACCACCAAUUGAGAGUAAAUUGCCUUGCAGCUUUGAGGAACUGUACAACGGAUCAACAAGAAAGAUGAAGAUCUCUAGGACAGUGCUUGAUGCUAAUGGGCGAUUAGUGCAAGAAUCAGAGAUCUUAACAAUUGAAGUGAAGCCAGGGUGGAAGAAAGGAACGAAGAUCACUUUCCCAGACAAAGGGAAUGAGCAGCUAAACCAGCUGCCAGCAGACCUCGUAUUCGUGAUUGAUGAGAAGCCCCACAGCAUUUUCACACGAGACAGCAAUGACCUCAUCAUGAACCAUAGGGUGACAUUGGCAGAGGCUCUGGGCCGGACCACAGUGAGUCUCGCUACACUUGAUGGACGUAACUUGUCGAUCCCAGUAACUGACCUUGUGAGCCCCGGUUAUGAGAUGGUGGUUGCCCGGGAGGGAAUGCCAAUCACCAAGGAGCGUGGUAAUAGAGGUGAUUUGAGGAUCAAGUUUGAAGUGAAGUUUCCAACAAAAUUGACACCAGAGCAACGAUCAGGGCUCAGGAGAGUUCUAGGUGGCUAGUAGUUCAUAUGUAUGGGCUUUUUAGCUUCAUCAUCGUCGGUAUUUUUGUUGAUUAGAGUACAUCAUUUUAAGAUCACAAUGAUGCGCUUGGCAUGCCUUGUUGGUUGAGAAGAUGAGAGGGGCUCAAAUUCCUUUGUGUUUUACCUACUGUCAACAAAGCAUGUAGAAAUUCCACCACAAUUACCUUAUUUAUCUUUUUUUUUUUGGGAG